ACAAUCAUAAUAUUAUCAACCAAAAAUUCAUCCCAAUGGAUAGAAAGUCCAGAACUAAUAACAACGUUGCUCAAGCCAGCUCCCGCAAGGGCUGCAUGAGAGGCAAAGGCGGACCAGACAACGCUUCUUGCACUUUCAAAGGCGUCCGCCAGCGUACUUGGGGCAAAUGGGUCGCCGAAAUUCGCGAACCCAACCGUGGUGCUCGUCUCUGGCUUGGCACCUUCGACACUGCCCAUGAAGCCGCUCUUGCUUACGACGCUGCUGCUCGCAAACUCUACGGCUCCGAAGCUAAGCUUAAUCUCCCCCAAACUACUACUACUCCUCAUGAAUUACCUCAAUUGGAACACGGCGAAGGCCCCGUACAAGGUGUCUCUCCUGCUUUCUCUUCCGGAGGACGAGAGUGCAUACAGAAAAAAGCCUAUCCUCCUUUGGAGCCUGAUAAACCCCCACGGAGCGGUUUGAAGUCAGAACCUAUUGUCACGGAGUGAGCGGUUUAAAGUCAGAACCUACUAAAAAGUUGACUAAUUUAAAGGAAGUAAAAGAAAAAGAGGUUCUGAUGGAGGAAGAAGAGGUUUUAGAGGAAGAAAAAGAAGAGAAGCCCCACUACUUAUACGAGAAAAUCCGGAGGAGUUUUAUUCCUUAAACCAGCUAAAAAAGCUCAUUUGGGUCGUUCUUUAAGAGAAAUUAGAGAAUUUAAUAGAUAUUGUGAGAUAUAAUAGAAAGCUAAUUAAAUAGGCACCCACGGUUUGAGGUUUAUAUAUUUGUGGGUUUGUUGA